AUGGACCCAUUGGAGCAAAGCCACAUUACUUUGAGAGGAGAUGUUGACUCGAUGAAAAACCAAAUAGACCAACUUGUGGAGGCUAUGAUAGCUUUGGAAAAGAGGGAGGACAACAUUCAGCGGACUGCAGUUAUUGAGAAUGUCAUUCCACCUAUAGUAAAUGAUCUUACACAACCUCAGCUUGUGCAAACCCCAGUUGAUAGCUCUGUUGUACAAGAACGUCAUAUUGUUCGAGAUGGGGGUUCCUCAUAUCAUGAUGCUGUGGAGUAUCACAGUUUUGCAUUCUUUGCGCAAGAUUCCCAUGGGACAUUCCUGAUGGUUAAUACUGAACGACCACAAGAUGAUGAGAUUGUUGAAAGAUGUUUCGUGCUAGAUAAAAGACUCAAGGCCAUAAAAGGACAAGAUACUCUUGAACUGAAUGCCUUAAACAUGUGUUUGGUACCUGGCCUGGUUAUACCCGCAAAAUUCAAAGUACCAUCAUUUGAGAAGUAUAAAGGGGAUAAUUGUCCAAAGAACCAUUUGGUUAUGUUUUGUCGAAAAAUGACCUCUUAUGCUCACAAUGACAAGCUGAUGAUUCACUGUUUUCAGGACAGUUUGAUUGGGGCAUCGUUGAGCUGGUACAUGAAGUUAGAAAGGAAUCAUAUUUAG